UCUGAAUUAGCAGUGAACAUGCCAGAAUCACUCAUCGGCGAAACCGUGCCUGUCCUUAUCGAAAUUCUCAGAGACGUCCCAUGCAUCGACUUCGACCGUUGCCUCGCUUGGGAAGACUGGGCUCUUCCAGAUCAACUAGUAGCGGCAACAGUGUCGGCUCUCCUUCGUAUCGCUUCCUCGCAUGCCGAGUACCGUGGUGAUGUUAUGGGUGCAAUCACGAACUUCGUCUCUCAGAUUGUAUCUAUGCUAUGCAAGGGCGAUUCUUCCGAUAUUCUCUCACAGUAUGCGCCGGCUUUCCACGGUUUUUAUAGGGCUAUUAUAUCGGUUCCCUUCUCUUGGUCGCUCGAAGAAUGGACUGCCAUUGCUACUCAUCUCAACGCUCUGUUCUCUACUGAAGUUGUUGCCAGUCUCAAUCACUUGCUCAUCGACAUCCUGAGAAGAGAGGAAGACGACCCGGAAGGCGUGCUGUUCAUCCGGACCUUCCUGUCCCGCUACAUCUCUCGCGGUCGACCUCUCAGUGGCUACUUUAUCCUGUGCUGCGUUAUCGAGGCUCAGUGGACGAUCCUUGGUCAAGCCUUAGCUCCAGCUGCGGUCAGUCCAGAGAAGGGGGUAUCGGCCUUCGCUGAAGCUGUGGCAGCCAAUCAUGCGUGGAAGAAUCUUGUGCAGGGACCCAUUGACGAGUCCCUGACCGGGAAUGAAGAGUAUCAGAAUGCUCUCAACAAGACUAUCGAGAGCGCUAUGAAAUGCUUCACCAACCUCCUAGCUCAAAUUGAAGAGCUAGAUUCAGAGCCUUCGGAAGACAGUUAUGCAUGGGAGACAAUGUCGGAAAGCCUGAAACUCGCGUCCGUUUGCUCGGCCGCUUCUCACAACCUGAACAAGGCUCUGUUUGCCCGGAUUCAACUCCUGCUCAGUGAAGAUUCCCCUGUUUCGGACAAUCUCGUGCAGGAAGCUGCCUUGAAAGCUACUGCUAUCCUUGUUCGAAACUUCCCGGAGACUGCAACCAAGAUGGCAAACCAUCUCCGCCGCUUUGUCACUUCUCCAUUACCGAUAUUCGAGUUUGAGUUUACUGCUGGAACACGGACGCCCCCACCUCUCGUAGCAGCCGCCAAAUGUCUUGCUUUGUGCAUUGACCUUGCGCCCGGCGAUGAUCUCAUCAUGUCUUACAUGUAUUCCCUUCUAAAUCACAUCGCUGCGACGAGCAAGGAGCCAUAUGAGGUCUCGGCCAUCAUGAAGACCUCCCUCGGCGACUCAGCUGAUGCUGCGACCUUGUACUCUAUGGAGACGGGCCUUCGAGGUCUUACCGAAGACGAGAAACGUCUUGUUGCGAUAAGUACUAUAUCGGCCGUCACUAGGCUGGCGCUAGAAUUCAAGACUGAAGAGGUUACGCGCCUGACGAUCUCCAUGCUUCUACAAAGGCUGCGGAGUGCGGAGCCUACUGUCGAGGCUGCAAUCGCUUACAACCUGGUAGACCUCGCUCUUGAGGCUCCAGAGGCCGCUUUUGCGGACAUCGUCAAAGUUUUCUCACAUAUCAAUCGUUCUGCUAAUCAGGACGAUCCCAGACUAUCGAACAACAUGGUUUUGGCUGCUCAAACUCGACUCGCUCGUGAGCUUCGUCGGAGACCGGAGCUCUAUGAGCUUUACCUAGUCGAGCUCUUAACUCUGUUCUGUGACAAGGGUGUUGCUAUCCAGAAUGUGGUCAUUUCAAAUCAUCGCGUCAAGGUCGAAGCGAUGACCGAGCAGCUUGCUUCGCUGCUGCUUCCGAUCGAUGCUCUCCUUAACCACGAAGACUGCGACAUUCAGCCUUCUUCGUCGCUCAUGACGCUCUUCAGGAAUAUGUGGUUCAUCUGCGUUCUAUUCCACUUCACCUCAGAGGACGAAGAACAUCCGGCGAUGGAGUGGCAAAAGCCUGCUUUGGCGCGCAUCGCCGCGAAGACACCGUCUAUCGUUCUCGACGAGGCGCACGACACCAUUGUCAGCGACCUGGAGUACAGUCCUGUUAUUCGCAAGGAGUACGCGGAGACAGUCGUCAGCAAGCACAGGGACACGCUCACGAAACAUAUUUCUCUGCGCUUGAGCGAGAUCAGAAGUCUUUAUCCCGGCCAGAUCAUCUUCUUACUCUGCAUGCACGAUAUGGAGCGUAUGCGGGCGUCGGCUGGUUUGCCUGCGUCAUUGGCAACAUAUUUCGCGAACAACGGCCUGAACAAGAACGUCGGGUUAGUGCAGUGCAUGGAGGCUGUGGCGGAGAAGGUCAUCCGUGAAAGCGUCAUCGACCUCAACGGUCUGGCUGCCAAGCAAGCUUUGCCACAAGCGCUGUCGAAGGAACUUCGCAGACUGCUUAUCUACAGCACGCACCGCAUUGCACGAGCUCGGGAAGUCGCCUCCAAAUACCUGAACCGUCUCAUCACGUCCUUCCCAUCCCUCACGUGCGAUCCCCCUCUGGUCUUCACCAUUCUCGAGAUUCUGACGCUUUUGCGUCGAGCAUGCGAGAAUGAGUACCUCGAUGAGGACAAUCCGACCUAUGUCUUCCGCUCAGAGAAGAUGGACCUUACCUUGGAACUGACGGACGACUACUCUGCUCGAAAUCAGAUGUUGAGGUCGCUGCAGCGAGACUCCAACAGUUGGUUUGAACUUGCUCUGGGUCGUGCUCCGGUGGAAUUGCAUGCUACGCUCCAGAGAUACCUCAGUGGCAACAAUGCAGCGUCCUCGGCGGAUCCAUCCGACCUUGGUCCGUCUAUUGCGGCGGACUUCGUCAGAGCUUAUGGUCCCAUUGACCGUAAACUAGCUUCUAUGUCGCUCUUGUUGGGCCACCAAUAUGACCGUGCCAAGGUUGCUGCUGGCGAGCUGGCGUCGAAGGCAUAUUUCUCAGGAGAAGCAUCAGGCUUCCGCAUCGCGAGGCUCAUCGACCCCAGGACUGAUGACACCCAGACUACCCCUCAAGAGGUUAGACUCCUCAAGGAUCGGAUGGCACAGGUUAUCCGGGAGAUUGCGGAGAAGCGUAGCAAUCUGACAAUUCAAGACCUCAAGCGACUGCUUUUCCGAUGCGCGGCGAGCGUUAUUUCCUUGGAUAAGUUCGACAGGGGGUUGGUUCACUAUCUCGUCGCAAUGCCCUUUGAGCUGUUCACCCCUCCGUCGGUCUCCGCAGGUAUCGAGGCAUGGUCUUGGGUGAUCUCGGAGAAGCCCCAAUAUGAGAUGGUGCUGAUGUCCGAGUUGACAUCAGCAUGGAUUGAUACCAUCAAGUUUGGACGCGGGAUGUUCUGCGAGUCGAUGAAUCACACGGACCCGUUCCACCAUUCCAUAGAGUAUAGCCCUUCGAAUAGGGAGGAAGCUGAGCGCAACGCAAAAGUCGCUCGUCGCUUAUUACUUCCCCACCAGCUUAUCAUGCAGCUGCUCGUCAGCAGGCUCCAAGCAGCGCGCUAUCGCAAGCCUGGUUUGAUGCUUCUGCUGCAGCGACUUACUCUUGCAUCUACACGGGCUCACGGGCAGAUGAGCACGCACCCGCUUGCGAGGGAUGCACGCUUCUCCUUGCUCCUGUUCGGCUUUGAAGUCCUUCGCAGUUCACAUUUGGAUUCCUAUUGUGAGCAUCAGCUCCGCGACUGCCUCUACCGGUGCGCUUUCUCUUGGUUCGCUGUACGCCCUCAAUGGUCCUUUGGCUCGAACCGUGUACAGAUCGACACGGAUAUCAAAGUGCUUUCGGAGUUUUUGUUGUACUUGCAAGCAGACAAUGUCCGAGGAAUUGCAUCGAUCUCGAGCCUGUCGCCGGUACAAGCGGCGUCUCGCUCAUCUUAUUACAAGAAUCUUCUGAAGAAUCAGAACGCCCCUCUGCGGCUGCUGAUUGAGAACGAAAUGUUCCGUCUUACGGUCUGGGCCAAUCCCACAAACGACUCCAAGCGUGGUGGUGAUCAUGUUGGUACCGUGGAGAGAGUCAUGAUGGACUCUUUAUGGGUCAAUACGAUCCGAAACGUGUGGAAGAUUGAUCCGGCAAUUGCAGUUCAUAUGAACGAACGCUUCAACAUCGCGGCUUUGAACAACGAGACUACUCGUCUAGUGCGAUCCAACACCCGCGACGUCCUUGAUGUUCCAGAAGCUCUACUUUUCCUUAUCGGCGACAGGUUGGACGUAAGCAUCCAGCGCGAUCUGAAGUAUUUGUUGCUCUGGACACCUGUCCCACCGAUUCUUGCCAUCACGUUCUUCGAAAAGCGCUAUAACAACGACCCCCUCCUGUUGCAAUACGCACAUCGUGUUUUGGAACAACACCCCGUUAACCUCACAUUCUUUUUCGUUCCGCAGAUUGUACAGGCUUUGCGAUACGAUGACCUUGGUUAUGUCGCUAGGUUCAUUUUUGAGACCGCGAAGAUCUCGCAGCUGUUCUGCCACCAGAUCAUCUGGAAUAUGAAAGCCAACUGCUACAAAGAUGACAUGGCUGAAGUGGAAGACCCGAUGAAACCGGUGCUUGACCGGAUGACAGAUAUGAUCGUAGCCGCGCUGUCCGGCGAGGCGAAGGACUUCUACGACCGCGAGUUCACGUUCUUCAACAAAGUCACGUCCAUCUCCGGGAAGCUCAAGCCGUUCAUCAAAAAGACCAAGCCGGAAAAAAAAGCCAAGAUUGACGAGGAAAUGGCCAAGAUUCACGUUGAUGUCGGGGUGUAUUUGCCCAGUAACCCCGACGGUGAGGUUGUCGACAUUGACAAGAAGUCCGGUAGACCAUUGCAGAGUCAUGCUAAAGCACCAUUCAUGGCAACCUUUAAGGUCCGAAAAACUCGUGUCUUAGCUGUCGAAGAUGGCGAUGCCCUUGGCGAUGUGGACGUAGCGAAACAGCAAGAGCAAGAGUACGACGUCUGGCAGGCGGCUAUUUUCAAGGUUGGAGACGACUGUCGGCAGGACGUCCUCGCAUUACAAGUCAUUGCCAUGUUCAAAAACAUCUUCAGUAGCAUUGGCCUGACGGUUUACUUGUUCCCCUACCGCGUGACUGCCACGGCCCCAGGAUGCGGUGUCAUUGACGUCGUCCCGAACGCGACGUCCAGAGACGAGAUGGGCCGGGCAAAAGUUAACGAUCUUCUUGACUUUUUCGUUGCCAAGUAUGGUGGCGAGGAUACUGUGGAGUUCCAACGAGCACGUCUCAACUUUAUCCAAUCUAUGGCUGCAUACUCUGUCGCAUGCUACAUCCUCCAGAUCAAGGACAGACACAACGGUAACAUCAUGAUCGAUGGCGAGGGUCACAUUGUUCACAUCGACUUCGGUUUCUUGUUUGACAUAGGUCCUGGAGGUGUCAAGUUCGAGCCCAAUUCGUUCAAGUUAACUCAUGAGAUGGUGGUCCUGAUGGGUGGACGAUAUUCACAAGGGUAUCAGUUGUUUCAACAGCUCACUGUCAAAGCAUUCCUUGCCAUCAGACCGCAUGUGGAUCAGCUGGUUAGCACUGUUCAGCUCAUGCUCGAUACGAGUUUGCCAUCCUUCAAGGGAGAGCCCACUAUAAAGCGACUCAGGGAGCGCUUUGCUCCAGGGCUUAACGAACGGCAGGCGGCAGAGUGGAUGGUGGCCAUUGUCCGCAAUGCUCACGAGAAUGUUCGAAGCACUGCUUACGACGAGUUUCAAAGGCUACAAAAUGGCAUCCCAUACAAGUGAGGUGGACAAAGGUCGUGAUUACGCCGGCGCGCCUAUGAUAUAUCCUGCUGCUGUAUACCGUAGUUUAUGUUUUCAUAAUUGCUGUACUUCA